AUGUUGGGAAAAGCCUGUGUAUAUGUUAGUCCAGGCUCUGCUAGCUUAAGCCAGCAAGUUUAUGCCUUUGAAAAGAUCAAAGAUUCGCGUGUUCGGGUUGCUGACGUAGUCAUUGUCCACAACAGUCACCAGAGUGAACGACUCGUACAAGGUCGCGAGGAAUUCUGCUGCCUUGGUCUCCUGCUCGUGUUUCAUGAUGGUGAGCCACUUGUGCAGGAUCGAGAACAGUUCGUCUUUCCAGGCCAGGAACGAGAUGCGUUCCACGAUGGUUGGCUGAACAAUCUCGCUUCCAGGGAAACAGCCCCAGACCAUGGAAGACACGAGAUCUCGCCGUUGAUGUAUCUCGAGGUCAAUGUAGCCAGAUCUUUCAAACUGUCAGUCGCCCCAUCUUCCGUUAGGAAACUCGUCCCAGUUGGCUGUUCUUGUAAUGUAGGAGAACUUUCUGUUUUUCCAGAAGAUUGGUCUGACGUUCUCGUUGGAUCUGUUUGGAUUCAAAGACUUUCUCCAUGGCUGUUUCAUGUCGGUAAGUUGCUGAUUGGUGACCAGGUUCAAGCCUUGAAGAAUCAUCAGGGUCGAUUUCUCCAAGUUCAUGGUGUAGAAAUGGAGAUGGUUCACCUGCUUGGAGUCCAACAAUUGCUGGCACAUCUCGAUCACCAAUUUAGCACCAACGUCUCUGACCUUGGCGUCGUCGUCCUUGAUAGGGUCCAGAGCAUCGCUGAAAUGCUUUGGGAUGGCAAUCUCAGACCAGCCGGCUCUUCUCAUGAACGCAGCGUAGGUACUAAUCGGCAUGAUUCCAGGAAUGAUAGGAAUGGUGAUUCCCAGAUCCCGGCAAUCUUUACACCAGUUGAUGAAGUUCUCGACAUCGUAGAACAUUUGUGUGAUAAUGAAGUCUGCUCCGGCAUCCUGUUUUUGCUUCAAAUGCUCAAGAGUCUUGGAACGAUCUGGUUCUUCUGGGUGUCCUUCAGGAUAGCCUGCAACACCAAUGCUGAAGUGGUCGCCAUAGUUCUUCUUGAUAUGGCUGAUCAGAUCCUUAGCAUACACAAAGUCGCCGGUCGACUCCGACCCGUCAAUAGGUGGAUCGCCUCUAAGAGCCAGAAUGUUUUGACAACCACUAUCGUAGGCAGACUUCAAAGCCUGGUCGAUCAGACUCGUUUGCAUGUUAGUACAUGUCAAAUGCAUACAGGUCUCCAACCCAAGCACUGUGGAAGUCGUGUUGACCAUUUCCGUAGUGAGGGUACCUAA